UAUUUAUUUUCUCUUCGACUCUCUCAANUGCAAACUGAAACUGAUCUGAACAUUACUGAGGCUUUCGCCGGCAUUCGUCACGUUACUACACAGAAGUUUAUUUACUUGAUUCAUAAAGUUGCCCACACUUACCCUACUUCCAGUAAAUCUGCCCCCGAUUGGAAUAAACUGGAAAAGCAGGCCGCUGAACUGGACGAAGAUGGCGAUCCAUUGAAUAAUCUUUUUCAAAAGAUUUAUGCUGAUGCCUCCGACGAGACCCGGCGAGCAAUGAUCAAAAGCUUUACGGAAUCCCAAGGAACAGUGCUUAGUACCAAUUGGGGAGAAGUAGGAAAGGGAAAGGUCGAAAUGAAGCCACCGGAUGGAAUGGAAUAUAAAAAAUACGAGUUGUGA